AUGAUUAAUUAGGAAGCUUUAAUUACUUUUAGUUAUUUGCUUCCUGCAUCAAUUAGUGUCCUUUAUAUUCUAGCAAUGGGAGCUCGUUUUUAUGAUCUUCGUUCCAAUAUACAAGCGGAACCUUUACCUUAUAAUUAUUCUAUUAUACUCAGAAUUUCACUAUUGACUUUGGAUAUUAGUAAUAAUUCUUUUAUACUAAGAGCUGCUGAAUUUAUUGAGAUUUUAUUAGUUAUUUUCUAUUCUGAAACUAAAAGGGAUUAUCUAUCAGGAGUCUUAUUUGUAAACAUAUCUGCUAUCAUUAUGCAAAUAUUUUUGAUGGUAUUUAAUACUUCACUAAUAUUAGUGUUAUGAAUUCAAAAAAAGAGUCCCAUUGUUCUUUGCCCAUAAAAUCUAUUGGAUUUUUAAUUGGCUUAUCUUAUUAGUAUCUUUUGCUAUGCUAAUCAAUUAUGUAAACUAACUACACCUUAACGUAGAAAGGACACAUAUUUGAAUAUUGCCUGUCACUCUUCAGAAUUAUUGAUUAUUCAAUACUCUUAGUUUUUACACUCUUUAUACGAAGAUAGGAUCUUAGUGAAUUCGAAAGUGUAGGAUUUUGGAGAAACGAAUUUCCAGACAUUGAUCUAUAAGAUUCUCAAAGAAGAGCCAGACUUUCUACUUUGAAUGGUAUUUGUUUUGAAUUACAAUUAGCAAAUUCUGGCUCUUUAUUUUUAUAAAUUGAUGUUAAGAAGAGAUGGAAUAUUGUUGAUGAUGAUGUUGAGGUUAAAUUAGAAAUGUAAAAAUUAUUCCAUAUAUUUUCAAAGUUAAAUUGUAGGUUUAGAUAAAUAAUUUAAAUUGAAGAAAUCUGUAUCUGAAAUAUUUUAAUGGCAUCAAUCUUAUAUAAAUGAGAAUGCUGAUUACUUUGAAUAACAUCCAAAUGAAUUAUUGUCUCUUAAUUUUUUUGUUAAAUAAAUUUAAGAUAGUUAAGAUUUGCAAUUAAUUAAUAAUAUUUAAAGAUAUUUGAAUGCCAUUAUAAGUAAAUUAGAUUUAAUAACAUAUUCGUUUAUGGAUUUUAUAGAAUUAUCAUAAUCAGAGAAAACACUGGUUGAUGAAAUAAAAUAAAUCAAUCAUGUUUAAAAUAAUCAAAAACCCUCAAUAACAAUUAAGUAGAUCUAACCAAUAAGAAAAUAAAAAUGGGAUGUUUAAUCUGAAUAUUUACCAUAUAUGUAAGUGAAUAUUACUGAACACUAAACUAUAAAAAAUAUAAAUGAAACAUUUAUACAAUAUACUCUUGUAGUAUAAUUUGAAAAUGAAAAUUAUGUUGUUUAAAAGCGUUUCAAAGAAUUCUUUGAGUUUAGUGAAUAAAUAAAAAAUUUGUUAGAAGCUAAAUACUUUCCUCCAUUUCCUCAAAAAACAAUUAUAAAAUUAACUAAUGAAGAAAUUGAAGAAAGGAAAUAGGAUUUGGAAAUAUUCAUGAAAAUAUUACUGAAUGAUAGAUAAUAUCAUAUAUCAUUAUUAUUUAGAUUUAUUGGUAUGCCAUAAUAGAUUGAAGAUUAAGUAAGAAAUAUGCAAAAAUUAAUCAUAAAAAAUAGUGAAUAAAUUGUAAAAUUACACAUAAAAAAUAUUGGUUAUGAAGAAUUUUAUGGUAAAGAUGGAGAAAAAUUCUUUAGAUAUUCAUUUUAAAUAAGUAUUGGGGAUUUAAAGCAUAUAAUAUGGAAAAGAUUUAGUUAAUUUGAUGAAUUACAUUAAUUGUUGAAAUAAAGGUAUAUAUAUAUUAAACAAUUUAGAUAUUAAUAAUUACCUUAAUUACCAUUUAAAACAACAGCUGCUUUGUAAUAAAUUAGUCCAAACUUAAGGAGUUUGAACUUAUAAUAAUAUUUGUAAGAUUUAAUAAAAGUUCCAAACAUUGGUGAAAAUAUUCAUUUAAGAUAAUUUUUAGAAAUCAAAAGUUUUCAGGAAUACCUUAAUACCGAUGAUCUUAUUGGAUCAUUACCAUAAUUAGAAAAUAUUUUACAAAAAUUAGAUAAAAAUAAUAAAGAUAUAGAUUAAUUAGAUAAUAUGAAAAGUAGAUUAUGGUAAUGA